AUGAGCUCGCCCUCCGACCUCAGCAGCUGCGGCGACUGGUCCGUCGUCUACGAUGGCGAAAACGACAAGACGAGAGACAAACUGUCCGACGACAGGCGCACGCUGGCCCGUACGCUGUCGAUCCCCAAGUCGAUGUGCAUCCUAUCUGACACCAAGACUGAGAUCUCGACCGUGUCGGAGCUCGUCUCCCCCAAGCUGAAGCUGCCGCAACUCGGCACCAAUACCGCAGAAAGGUUGUUCCCUGUCCGCUCGGUCGUUUCGUUUGAUUCUACGCCCUCGUCUGCGUUGCAGACCCCUUCGUUGGAUAAACUUGAGAGUCCUGUGUCGCCUUUCACGGAUGCUUUUUGGACUGCGGCGUUGGCGGAAGAGAAGAACGCUGCUCCAUCUCUGGGUGUUAGUGUGAAAGAUCUCGCUGAGCAGCCGGCUGUCUCGAAGAGACCGGAUCAUCUUUCUCGCAUGUAUCAGCAAGGAAGCGAGCUUGGGAGCAGUUCUUCAUCGUCGGCAAAUGUUCCAGAGGUUAACCCUACGCCCCGGUCGUCCGAGUCCAAGACGCAAACUCUUAGCUACAGUCAUUCCAGUGAGACACCUAGUCUUUCGGCGCACCCGCACAAUGCUUUGCAAGAGAGGAAGGAGUCCAUGGAUGCCCAGAAACCGAGAACCAAUAUCUCCAACCUGUCCGAUGACAAGUCAACAGCAAUCCAGCAAUUUGGAGCAUUGCUUGUCGUUUCCAGAUCCGAUGAUGAUCUGCCAGUGCGAGUUGCGAGCGGCAACUCCGAGGACAUAAUGGGCUAUUCCACUGGCCGGCUAUUCGAAAUGAAGACCUUCUGCAGUCUUAUGACACCAUCACACAAAGAGACAUUCCUCGCCCAUGCCAGGUUCGUUCUGGACACAGAGUACGAUGUUGAACGGUCCGGUCCCGAGGUAUUCCGGCUACGUAUAUCUGACUCGGACAACAUGCCUCGGAACCUCUGGUGUACUAUGCAUACAACAAAAGAAUAUGCAAACCAUGUCAUUUGCGAACUCGAGCUCGAUACUUGCAAUUCUUGCGAACUCUCAGAUGCCAUCGGCGUCCAGGGUUGCAAAGAGCAGAGACCAUCUAUGCAUGACUCUUCGGCCAGCAAGCCCCAGCAACCCAGAGGAUCUCGAGACAUUGUGACUAGCUACGCGCUAGACUCUACUGAAAUCCUCAAUUCUCUCCCACAGAUUUUGCAGCAAAUUGCAGGUGCCCAAACGUUGGAAGCGCUGGUGCAGCAUACCGUCGCUACUUUACAGGGAUUGACCCAAUUCGACCGCACAACGAUGUACCAUCUUGAUGGUGAUCAAAAUGGCAUCAUCGUUGCCGAUGCAGUACGCGAGAACAUCCAGAGCCAAGAGGCAACAUUCAUAGAGAAUUUGAAGGAUCUACACUGUCGACAACUAGUCCGCCUCUCAUAUAGCAAGACCAGAACUUCAUCUGAACUGGUUUAUUCCGAACCAGCGCAGAAAAUAGGUCUGGACACGUCCCACUGCUAUCUCCUGGGAUCCUCCGUGCCCUCCAAUUGUUCUACCAUGACGCCUGUGAAAGCAUGGCUCUCUAUUCGCGUCAAGGUCUUUGGAAAGCUUUGGGGCUUUGUGUUAUGUCAAUCCUAUGAAAACGCAAGACUCCACCCGCUCCUUCAAAAAGUGUUUUGGAUUCUGGGAGAAGCCAUCUCCAGCAACAUCGAACGGCUUUCCUAUACUCUACCUUUUCAACCACAAGAACAGAAGCCAUCGCCCUCUGAAGCGAAUUUCACACAAGACGUGCAGACUCCCUCGGUUGAUCUCCUUGGACUCUUUGGGGCUAAUUACGCUGCGGCAUCCAUUCUGUCAGAGAUCAAGAUCUUGGGUAAGCCUAUUGACUCCCAAGAAGUGCUAGCCUUGCUCGAAUAUUUGAGAGCAAAGAACCUCGACACAGUGCUAUGGUCCACGGAUAUCACAGCCGACUUCCAGGACCUCAGCUACCCGCCAGGCUUCCAUCAUUUGUCCGGCCUGCUGUAUAUACCACUGUCAGCCGACGGCCACGAUUUUAUUAUUUUGUUUCGUGCUGAUUUGGAAGAGAAGCGAGAUGCCCCUGACCCCGGCGGAGGGCGAGAUACUGUCAACAAUCAGAGACGAGCGACAGGAACUCCCAGUCGACAGAACGAAUGGUCAGCUGCGGAGUUUGGGAAGGCGUCGAUGCUGUCUCUUCUGUACCGCACAUUCACCGAGGUCUGGCAAGAGAAAGAGGCGACAAUGCAAAACAACCAGCUCAUGAGGCUUCUUUUAGCCAACUCCGCGCACGAAUUCCGGACGCCGCUCAACGCCAUCAUCAACUACCUCGAAAUCGCGCUUGACGGCGCACUGAACCAGGAGACGCGAGAGAACCUGUCCCGCUCGCACUCGGCUUCCAAGUCCCUGAUCUACAUUAUCAACGACCUCCUCGACCUGACCAAUGCCGAAAACGGACAAAAGCUGAUCAAAGACGAGGUCUUCAACCUGGCUGAUACCCUCUGCGAGGCUACCGACAUUUUCUGGGAGGAGGCACGACAAAAGCAUGUGGACCUACAGGUAGUGCAGCACUCGGCAUUGCCCCCGGUCCUGGGAGACCAGAGACGCGUGCGCCAGGUGAUUACCAAUCUCAUCAGCAAUGCUAUCCAGCACACUUCUGCUGGCGCUGUCACAAUCGAGUCUUGUAUCCCCUCUGAUUGCUUGGAGCCGGGACACAUUCUUAUGGAGGUGGCCAUCCACGAUACUGGGGCGGGAAUGUCUCAGGAGACCGUGGAGACGCUUUUCUGUGAAUUGGAGCAGGUCUCGCACAAGGGCUAUAUGCAAAGUCCCAGACCCUAUAUGCAGCCAUCAGACAGUGCGAGCUCAGAAACUGAAAGUGUCCUUGGGCUGGGGCUGGCAUUGGUUGCAAGGAUCGUGCGAAAUAUGAAUGGACAGCUCAGUCUAAAGUCGGAGGAGGGAAAGGGGAGCUGCUUUAAGAUCCGCCUUAAAUUCCCUUUGCCCCCCGAUGGCAACGAUCAAGUUCCUGUCCAUUCGACUUCGGCACCAAGCUCACAACCAAAUGGUGAGACGGGCUCGGAUGACCCUCCAUCCAAUGCUGCAUCGUGUGAUCAAGUACAGGGACAAUCAUACAGCAGCUCAGACAUAAAAUCACCCGUGGAGAAUAAUGGGAUUACGUGCCGUUGUGGUGAUCCUGCAGACUACGGGCCUGGUCAAGAAGAUGCAUCCGUGGAGAUUGAUGUUGGCUUGAAGACGGGAGAGUCGAAGAACAUGCCAAAGCAACACACCUUUCCCAAACCACAGGAUCGGUUCCAAACUCCAUCUAAGGGUUCCAAUGCUCAUCCAACACAUCAGGGCCUACCGGCUCCAACAACCCAAGAAAAAAAGGAUCUAGACGAAGCAACGAAAGCUGCAUUUCAAUCUCCGACCACGGCCCAAACGAGGGGAAAUGCACCACAAGAUCCCAAGGAGAAUGACAACAAGCCUCAAGAGUACAAGCUGCAUAUCCUAGUAGCCGAAGACGACCCAAUCAACAGCACCAUCAUCAAGAAGCGCCUCGAAAAGCUCGGGCAUUCGGUACGCUUGACGAGCAACGGCAAAGAAUGCGCAUCCGUCUACCGCGAAGACGCUCAGUCACUUGAUGCGGUGCUGAUGGACUUGCAAAUGCCCAUAGUCGAUGGUAUAGGAUCCACCAAGAUGAUCCGCGAGUACGAGCAGGAGCAGUCGCUAGCAAAAGAUGCAUGUACUCCUGUCUUCGCAGUCUCUGCUUCUCUAGUCGAGAAGGACCGCCAGACGUAUAUUGACUCUGGAUUUGACGGAUGGAUCAUGAAGCCAAUUGACUUCCAACGUGUUCAUACGCUACUUGGAGGUGUCAAGUCCGAUGCCAUGCGCAGUGCUUGCUUGUACCAGCCCGGAAUGUGGGAGCAGGGCGGCUGGUUUCAGCGGGGUGGUAUUAAUGGGGAUGGCCUUGGGGGGUCCAGCUCUUGA